GCUCACUAAUCCACCACUGGCUGACGACUGCACAUACUAGUGUUCCAUUCUCAUUCAGUCAUUCUAACCAGCUUUCUCAGCCAGGCAGCAUAAAUAUAUCAGAUUUUCCGACCUUAGUCAGUCACUGGCUGACUGCGGAUUGGUGAUCUCGUGUUUGUGCCCUCUAUCCCGUCGGAAGAGCGCUCUGGCGCCGAGAGAGCUGCUACCAAAAAUAAAAAGUGAGAUGAUAUUUAAGUAGCAAAACGCUGUGGAAAUGUGCUAAAACAGAAAAGGAAAAGACGGGAAAAUUUCUACUUCUCUUCAUUCUAUUUAUGGUGAUCUGAAUUCUACCAGUGUCUAAUAUUUUCACUCCGAUAGGCUAAGUUUGGAAGAGACGCAGAAGAAAGUGUUGGUGAAAAGUGUGACAACUGAAUUAUAUUAAAAGAAGGAAAAGUGUCUCGCGAAGUCCACAAACGAAAACAGGGUUUGGAAAAAACUAAGCAUACAACUUUUAGCAACAAACGGUACACCAACAACAACACACGGAAGCUCAAAUAUGAUGUGCUAAAUUUUAGCGAUUUUCGAUACAGUGCUGCAAUUUCUAUAAGAACAAAAAAUUGCAUUUAUCCAACGAUCGUGGCUGUGACAAACAGUUAGCCGUUUCCGCUAGUACUUACUUCUUUUGCUGCUUGGAGCGACACAGAUAAUGACUGCAGUAGUCAUGGCGGUAGAUGGAAGCUUCGACCCAGUCAUAUCCAAACUAAUUACAUCGCUGAAGGAGGCGGAGAGCUUAUCGGAAGAGCAGGAUCUCGGCUUCCUGCAGAAUCUGCUCCAGUCGAAGGAGCUGAAUGCGCUGGUCAAUGUGCACAGUAAAGUCGCCAAAAUCAACAAGGAUGACCGGAUAGCACCGCUUUUGUCUGCGUCCAUGCAGGUCCUCGCCGAAGUGUUAGAACUUUUAGCACCCAGAUGCCACAUCUCUCCUCUGUGUAGGGAAAUCUUUCACCUGUUGCAGAAACCACACCUACAGAGCCUCCUAUUGGCACAUGAUGCCAUUGCGCAAAAAGACUUCUACCCACACCUGCCCGAAAUACCUGUCGAGGUCGACGAGGACGAGGAAACCAUCAAAAUCGUACAACUAGUGAAGAGUAACGAGCCACUGUGUGCCGGAGCACAAAGUGCGGAACCAAUUGUAGGUGCCACAAUAAAAACCGAUGAGGAAACGGGUAAAAUUAUCAUCGCACGAAUUAUGCACGGUGGUGCAGCGGAUCGAUCCGGGCUAAUUCACAUGGGGGAUGAAGUGAUCGAGGUCAACAAUAUCAACGUGGAGGGCAAAACUCCGGGUGACGUGCUGUCGAUUUUGCAAAACUCGGAAGGUACCAUCACGUUUAAACUGGUACCGUCGGACGGAAAAUUGGACCAGCGGGAAAGUAAAGUGCGUGUUAGGGCGUACUUUGACUAUGAGCCGGAGAAUGAUCCGUACAUACCGUGCAAGGAAGCAGGUUUGGGAUUCGUGAGAGGUGAUAUUUUGCACAUCGUGUCACAGGAUGACUCCUACUGGUGGCAGGCCCGGAAAGAAGGAGAAAAGACUACCCGAGCGGGACUUAUUCCUAGCCGGGCGCUGCAAGAACGGCGAAUCCUGCACGAACGCACUCAGAAGGAAACCAAUGGUGAGACGAAAAAAGGUUCAUGUGCCUCUAUCUGCUCGACACCGCCCGGUUCACCCAAUCCGAGCAAUCCCUGUCGAGGACCUAAAACUAAAAAGAUUAUGUACGAUACAGCGGAGAACGAUGAUUUCGAUCGGGAGCUGAUCGCCACCUACGAAGAGGUGGCCAAACUGUAUCCCAGGCCCAACGUGUACCGGCCCAUCGUACUGAUUGGUGCGCCCGGAAUCGGCCGUAAUGAGCUGAAGCGACGGCUGGUGGCUCGAGACCCGGAAAAAUACAAAAGCCCAGUGCCAUAUACAACUCGUCCGAUGCGCCCCGGUGAGGUUGCUGGUCGGGAGUACCUCUUUGUGUCGCGUGAAAAAAUGGAAAGCGAAAUUGCCAACGGAAAGUUCAUCGAGUACGGCGAAUACAAGGGUCAACUGUACGGGACGUCCGGUGAGAGUGUGAAGACCAUCGUGAAUGCUGGUUGCGUUUGCGUGCUUGGUCCCCACUAUCAGGCGUUGAAAUCACUAAGAACUGCCCAGCUGAAGCCGUACAUUGUGCACAUCCGGCCGCCACCAUUCGAUAAGCUGAAGCAAACUCGCACCAAGGCUCGUGCCCGGUCAACGUUCGACGAGUCAAACUCGAGAGGAUUUACGGACGAGGAAUUCCAGGAGAUGAUAAAAUCGGCCGAGCGGAUCAACUUCCUGUACGGCCACUUUUGCGAUGACGAAAUCAUCAACGGUGACCUAACCGAAGCGUUCGAGAAGCUGGUGACGCUGGCCAACAAGUCCGAAACGGAACCACUGUGGGCACCGGUCAGUUGGGUACAAUGAAGGCACAUUUGCUCUGCUGCCACUGAGCCGGAGUUUGUUGAGCCUACGUGAGCCUAGCGGAGGGAGGGUGUUGUCGUGAAUUAGUGUAAUGUGAAAUUGAUUUUCGUUUAUUUGUGUUACUUGUUACCAAAGUAAUCAAUUGGUGGGAGGAUGAGGUGCAGUACGCAGCAUUAAUAUUCAUGUUUGUAAAUAUGUAGCCACGUUCGGUCGGUUCCCAGUCCCAGUGUACGACGCGACAUGGUUGUUCGGAUUACAGCACGCGUACUGUUAGGUUUAUUCAAGCAAAAUUGCAAAUGUAGACAACGGAUAGUACUAAUUAACUUGGAUUGUUAUAAAUUUUGUUUAGUUCUUUUUUUCGUGAAGAAAUAUUAUUUCUUUAGGUCAGAAUGCACUCGUUUCUGACUACCCCCGAAGAAUCAAACGUCCAUGUAGAGUAUGUUUUCUGAUGAGUUGCGGCAGGUUUAGCAUAUUUUAGAAAAUCUAAUUUCGUUUGUUUGGAACGUUAACUGCAAACCAGCAUGCGAUUAGGAAUUUUGUCUAUGAUUUUAAUAACAUUUUAUUAAAUCAAUAAAAAGCGUGCCUAGUUUAAAUUUGAUUGCCCAUAUUUUGAACAACUAACGGGUUGAAAAUUUGUGGAAAUUGUUUAUCAGUAAAUAUUCGAGUUCGACAAUAUCUAAGUUUAGGUACAGGUAGCGAAUGUAAUGGAUACGUUUCACUGCCCCAAAAGUUCGAAGAUAGUUGGUACAAUUUCGAUAAAGUUUAGGCUGGUGAAGACUCUGCAUUGCCAAAAAAACUCUCACUAACGCCAUAAAAAACAAUGCAUCUCCAAACGUCGAAACAACUGUUACCACACUUAUCUAUGAUUGCAGAAGUUUACCCAACUUCAAAUAAUUCUUAAUACAUACUACGUCAUUAAUGCUUUUUAAAAUGUGUGGUCAUCGUCAGCCAGAGAGUGUUGCUAUGAAAACGGUUCAUUUUUGUGAAAUUACUCAGAUUAACCGAGAACUACAACAGAGACUGUAAAGUACAGAGCCGAAACGCAAAAAUAAUACAGAUGGCAUAAUUUAUUGGUACAUUUUGCUCUGAUUCAUUCCCGAAAAAGAGAAAACAUGCAAAAUACUAGUCAAAUUCUGAGUAUUUGAAAAAAUAUCGGCCACAGUCAUUAUAUCCCGGCAAAGUUUCCAACAGUUGAUUGCAGUCAGUGAAAUUAUUCUGAAAGGUAUUUGAAAAAUUCGCGAAUAUUCAGCCGAAAUAUUUUAAAAAUUUCGCUGAAUUAUUCAGCUACUGAGCGCGAAAGAAUAGACCAACAAACGAUUCAGAAAUUAAUUAUUUCUUGAUGAAUAUGCAACGUGCGAAAAACAAGAAAAAGAAAAUUAUCACAGGUAGAUGACGUUGCUUUACAUGUAUUCGCAUUAAAGUCAUUUUUCCGUGCCGGAUAAUAAACUGUUCGAAAGGAAGACUGCGCUACAAUUCCCUUGUACCUAGUUUUAAAAAUGUUUUUGCUUUUCCGAUGAACUUGUUUAUAAACAUAAUAAUCAUUUUCCAGUUAUCGAACAAAUUAUGACUUUAUAGCAUGUAAACCAUACCAGAAAUUUGCUGAUUUCAUAGCAACCCUCUAAAAAAGACGAUAUUACUAUCCAAAAUUCUACCAAAAAAAUUAAAUUGUUACAUAAUGCACCGCUCGCUUUCAAAACUAGAGUUUACCCCCAUUUAUCAGGAGCAAUUCAAGAUAAUCAACUAAACAGAUUUAACUCUUACACACAAUAGAAAAUACUCCGACAUGCAUCUAGGAAGCACACUGUGAAACAUAACCUUGCAUUCUACUCUCGCAGAAAAAUAGAGCUGUAUAUUUUCCGACAAUUUUAAAAAAACCUUCAAGCAUUUCGUCUAUCUAUUUAUAAACUAACAGAACAACUUCAAUACAUUACUAAUAGUGUAAAAAAAUCAGCAUAGAUAAGCCGAUAAAAAUCGUUGUAUUGCAAAGCUAAUUCGUCUUUCUAAUUCGAACAAACCACAUUACAGUAGAUGGAAUAAACAAACAGUUCAGAGUAGACAAUUGUAAUAAAAACCAAAACAUGUUCUCUCAUUCUUACAUUCUAAACAAAUAUACAAAGUUUGCAUGAAUGAUUGCUAAAUGGAGGUUUGGAACCGGUCAGAUGCAACAAAGGAAUUCACCGUUACUGAACAACUAGGGAUACGUGACAAUAUUACCGAAAAUCUACUUAAAAAGUAUGAACCAGGCGAAGGGAUAAACUAAUUUAAAUUUCUAUAAAUGACUAUAACACUACAAACUAACAAAAAAAAAGCAUAUGUACACAAGUCAACUAUAUACAAACCAUUUCUUAUCAUUCAUCUAUACGCGUAGAAGCGGCUGAAAAAGAAAAGAAGUAAAACAUUCGGCUCUAGCAUCAGUACAAGAAUAUAUUUAUAUUUCAGCUUCUAUCGAUGUUCGCUUUCUGAAUUGACCACCAAAAAAAAUAUUCAGCCUAGCAACAUAGCGCUAAACAAUAAACAAGAAAAGACCUGAAGACAUGAAACAAAACCCAACCAAAUUGAUGCCACGACUUACAAAACCUAAACUAACCUUGUUGCUGAGAAUAAUAAUCUAACACUAAACGCUAAAAUUUACGCUAAAAAAAAAACAAA